GAUGGGGCUGGGAAUCCAAGUGAGAGAUAUAGAGAAGGAAGGGAAGUGAGCAAGCACAGACGCUGGCAGCCAUCAGAAGUUCAAGCCUCUUUGACAACAGGAGGCGAGAAGAAAGGACAGAAGUGGUUCUGGCUGCGAUGGGGCUCUUACUGGGCCUCCUGCUCCUGGACCACCUAACAGUGGUCACCUAUGGCCAUCCCAUCCUGGAAGCACCUGAGAGUGUGACAGGGCCUUGGAAAGGAGAUGUGAAUAUUCCCUGCACCUAUGGUUCUCUGCAAGGCUACACUCAAGUCUUGGUAAAGUGGCUGGUACAACGUGGCUUGGACCCAGUCACCAUCUUCCUACGUGAUUCCUCUGGAGACCAUAUCCAGCAAGCAAAGUACCGGGGCCGUCUGCAAGUGAACCACAAGGUUCCAGGAGAUGUGUCCCUCCAACUGAAUACCCUGGAGAUGGAUGACCGGAGCCACUACACAUGUGAAGUCACUUGGCAGACCCCUAAUGGCAACCAAGUGGUGAGAGAUAAGAUCAUUGAGCUCCGUGUCCAGAAACUCUCUGUUUCCAAGCCCACAGUGACGACUGGCAGUGGCUAUGGCUUCACAGUGCCCCAGGGAAUGAGGAUUAGCCUUCAAUGCCAGGCUUGGGGUUCUCCUCCCAUCAGUUAUGUUUGGUACAAGGAACAGACCAACAAUCAAGAACCCAUCAAAGUAGCAGUCUUGAGUACCUUACUCUUCAAGUCUGCCGUGGUGGCUGACUCAGGCUCCUAUUUCUGUACUGCCAAGGGCCGGGUAGGCUCUGAGCAGCGCAGCAACAUUGUGAAGUUUGUGGUCAAAGAUUCCUCAAAGCCACUCAAGGCUAAGACUGAAGCACCUACAACCAUGAAAUCUCCCUUGGAAGCAACUUCUACAGUGAACCUGAUUUGGAACUGGACCACUGAAGUGGAUGGCUACCUUGGGAAGACCAGUGCUGAGCCAGGAAAGGGCCUGCCUGUCUUUUCCAUUGUUCUCAUCAUUUCCCUGUGCUGUAUGGUGGUCUUCAUCAUGGCUUAUGUUAUGCUCUGCCGGAAGACAUCCCAACAAGAGCAUGUCUACGAAGUGGCCAGACUCCAGGCAAUGACUACUCCGAGGAUCCCUGGCUGGGCCAGGAGUACAAGAUCAUCGCCCAGAUCAACAAUGACUAUGCUCACCUGCUGCAUACAGUUCCCCCAGAUUAUGAGCUUUUGGCCACCAAGGACAAGGACCUCUGCUAAAAAUGCCCUGCUAAGCCAGGGCCUGCUGAUAUAAUUGCCUAUUAAGCCCCUGCUUUCUGCAUAGCCACCUUCCCUGUUACCUCUCUUCCUGGAUGACCCAACAUGUCUUCCCUGCCCAACACUGAGGUUCCUAAGAGUGACUGGCUUUGCCUAAGAAGUUACCAUAUGCACUGCUAUGGUCUUAGACCCUUCUGUUUUCCCUU